AGUCGAUUUAGUUCAGUUCGCUGCGGCGGCGAACGCAAAAAGACACCCAAUUCAUGCAGAUUCGCACAAAUCAUCGUCUUCUCUCUCGAGUAGAACGGAUUUGCAACAACAACAACAAAAAGGAAAUGAUGCCGCAAAGUGGCAUUAUUAACGUUCGCGGCGUCAGUUUCCGGUACCCCGACGCGGCGCAGCCGGCGUUGAAGGAAGUCAACCUCACCGUUAACCGCGGCGACCGCAUUCUCGUCAUCGGCCACAACGGCAGUGGCAAGUCAACUCUCUUGUCCCUCCUGGCUGGCCGUCGCAUGCCUCACACGGGAAGCGUGCGGGUGCUCAACGGCGAUCCGUUCGAUGACACGAGUAUGGCGCAGCACAUCGCCUUGAUCGGUGCACCAUGGCCGCCGGAGGCCGUCUUUGGCAACACGGUGGGCCGCGUUGCGGCCCCCGCACCUCUGCCGGAGCGCAAAGCGGCGGUGGCCGAGGCGUUGCACCUGCGGUUGUCUCGCUUCGUGGACAAGAUGAGCUCGGGUGAGAAGCGACGUGUGCAGAUACUACACGGACUGCUGCGCCCCGCCACGGUGUACUUGUUAGAUGAGUGCAGUACCGACAUUGACCUGGCGGAGCGACGCACCGUGCUCGACCUCGUGAAGAGGGAGUGUGAGGAACGGGAGGGCUGCUGUCUUUACGCGACCCACAUUCUGGAUCGUAUUCAAGGCUGGGCCACCCAUCUGCUGCUUUUUGAAAAUGGUGAAAUUGUGGAGCUCCGGCCCGUCACGGAGCUGCAAAUCCCGUUGGAGGAGUACGCCUUUCAAUUUAUGAGCCAGUGUGCGACCCGCGAUGACGUGAGCGGCCACGUGAAGCUGUCCUACGGCAAGUUCAGCCCCACAUCCACGCUGGCUCCUCUGGUGGAGGGGAGCAGCGCCGCAGCGGUGAUGCCCUCCUCGCCAACGCUGCCGAUUCACGACAAUCGGACCUACUGGCGAUCUGCAGAGACCGCGGUUAGCAGUCAGCGAGAAGUGGUCAUUGACUGCUCUCAUUUGUCUUACAAAGACAUUUUCCGCGACAUGUCUUUUCAGGUGUUCCGCGGCGAACGGGUGCUGCUGUGCGGCGUGAACGGGGCAGGCAAGACGACUCUGUUGAACAUGCUCGGUGGCAAGCAGUUCUUCGACAAUGGCAACGGCGCCCUCUCCGUGCUGGGAAAGCGGUGCUACGAAGACAUGCUAUUGAACGGACUCGUCAGCUAUGGCGGGGACUGGUGGACGGUGGUCCCUGGUGGUGAGAUGCACGUCCAUCAGUUGUUGCAGAUCAAGACAGCGCGCGCAGAGCAUCUUCGAUCCCUGUUGGCGGUGCAAAUGGACUGGGACGUGCGACACAUUAGCGCAGGGGAGCAGAAGCGAGUCCAGCUUCUCUUUCAUUUGCUGGAAGACAAUCCGAUCGUGCUGCUGGAUGAGGCGACCGCCGACCUUGACGUGGAUCAGCGCCACAGCCUGCUGCAGUUUCUGUACGAGGAAAGCACGCAGCGCGGCGUGACAGUGGUGUACUCGACGCACAUCUUUGGCGGUUUGGAAGGGUGGGCGAGCACUGCUGUGCUGCUGGACCGCACCGCGCGUGGGGUACACGCUGUCUACCGCGAGUUGCCGGGGGCACCUCUGGCACUGAACGAUCUCAUCGACGAGAUUGUAGCGCUAAAGGCGAAGGAAGUUUUCUAG